AUGGAUAGACCAAUAGUAGCAAAGGCUAAAAGACCUGAACUCGUAAAAUUAGAUAUAUUAAAAAGCAAAGAAAAUGCUAUUUGGCUAAUGAAAAAUUUAAUAGUUAGUAAAGAAAAGAUAAAAUUAGAAAUAGUUGAAAUUAAUUCAGAAAAAAUUUUCUUCAAAACCACCUAUCCGUGGGCUUUUUGUCUGAAUGCGAACCAAGAAAAUAAAAUUCAUUAUUACUCACUUCCUAAUAACUUUUACAAUCAGCAAAAAUUAAAAAAGUUAUUUCCCAAUUAUGAUUUUCCUACGGCAGGAGAAAAUAAUAAUACUUUUUCGCUCACUACUUCUAAUUUACAAUUAAGAGAUUAUCAAAAAAAAGAUAUUGAAUUUCUUAGCCAACUAAAAAGUGCGGCAAUUUUUAAUACUUUUAAAACUGAUAGUUCUUAUUUCCAAAAAUUAAAAAAGAGAAAAGCCAGUAAUAAUUCUUAUGGCGUAAUCAUUGACGAAGCCCAUUUUUUACGUAAUUAUCAAUCGCAACAAAAAAUAUUAGCCAAGUUAAAAACUUUAACUCUUUACCCACCAGCUUUUGGUUUUAAAUGCCAAGGGACCCACCUGUUAAAGGAAAAAAAAAUAGAGUUGGGGAUUAUUACUGGUCAAACCGCUUACCAAGAGAAACAAAAAUUUAUUCAACAAUUUCAAAAGCAAGAACUUAAUAUUUUACUGUGUAAUAUUCAGGCAGCGGGAAUGGGAUUAAAUUUGAGUCAAGCCGAUACAAUUAUUUUCGCGGACCGUAGUUAUUCGCCGGCUGAUAACGAACAAGCCGAAGCCCGCUUUUUACCCACUAAUAGUCAAGAAAACCAACAAGUUCGUUUAGUAAUUGAUUUAAUUUGUAAAGGAAGCAUUGAUGAAAAAAUAAAGAAAUUAUUAAAAAGAAAAGAAGAUAUAAUUAGAGUGCUUAAUGAUAAUCCGGAAUAUUUUUUUAGUUAA